AUGUGUGUGUGGGUGGGUGGGUGUUCAGGGUGCAAUUGGAAUGUGCAUAAAUCUUGCCGUGCCAAGAUACCCGACAACUGCGUGCACCGGUCUGUGCCUUCAGGAGAAGCCGAUGAAGCAGGUGGCAAGAAAAAAGGCGGCAGUCUACAGCUAGUUGGACCCACAGCCGUACGCAGGGCGUCACGUAGAGCAUCUCGCCGUAUCCAGGGGUCAAGUAGCGGUAACUCUAUCAAUGGCGUUGUAUUGUUGCACGUACUGUAUACCCAGCCUCCACUGCGCGGCAUUCCAGGCAUAGGGAUGAUUCUCACCGAGUGCAAUGAGUGGGAACCCGAGCUUCGUCGCCUGCAUUCGCUGGGGCUGGGUGGCGACAUACAGGUGAACUGCCAAUUAUUAGCGGAAAACGAUGGAGAUCCGUUGGCUGUGGCCAAAGUAUUGUCUGCCGUAUAACUCGGCCUACUACUUCCAAGGAAAACAAAUGGUAGUAGCCUCGCUAUGGAUUAUGAGUCCUAUGGCGAGCCCUGGAUAGGCGAGACAUUGAUAUUAAGACGAGCAUACCUGGAAUGUGAAUGUUAGUUUAAAAGCACUACAUGCGUGAAACUUUAAGGUCAAGGAAUAAAAGUUGGUUUAUAUGCCCUAUAUACGC